UUGAUCUAUAUUAAAUUUUAACCUCAUUGUAAUGGACGCAAAUUACUAUAGGUGAUGGUACUUUCUAUACUUCGACGUACUGUGUCUUGCAAUGUUGUGCUGUCUCAGCGGAGAUAUAGUUCAGUGAAUUAUUUAACUGCAGCUCUUGCGAAGGAUAGUAAACCUAUAGAAGCUCCACUCUAUGUGAAAAAGAAGAAAUCUACAUUAGCAAAACAAUUACGUGAUAAAAUUGAAGGUCUAGCUAUUUCUACUAAAGAUCUAGAAACCAAAUUCUGGUUAGAAGGAGAAGAUGUUUUCACUCCUCAGGAAAUGAAUCAGGCACAGGCUUUUUUCAAUUCGGCAGACGUUGAGUUGGAAUGGACAAUUGGUAACUAUGAAGAGAUUCCAGAUGUGAAAUAUAAAAGACUUGACUCCAAAAGAAAGAGUACAUUAGAUAAUCUAGAUGCCUUUAGUAAGACAGAAUAUCAUGAAAAUCUAGCUAAAUCUAGAAAGACAUUUGGUAUAGCACCAGGUUUAAUAAGGACCUUGCCUGAAGUCUUGCUCCUUGGGAAUACCAAUGCAGGGAAAUCUACUUUAAUUAACAACUUGUUAGUUAAAAAGAAUGCUAACAAGAUCGCAGAUUAUGCUUAUGUUUCAAAAAGAGCUGGUUUCACUAAAACAUUGAACUGCUUUAAUAUAGGUGGUAAGCUUAGAUUGGUGGAUAGUCCUGGUUAUGGGGAGUUUGGAGAUGAAGAUCAGGGUACACUUGUAUUGGACUACAUACAGAAGCGUGAGAGACUUGCAGGAGCUUUGAUUUUGAUUGAUAGUGAAGCUGGGAUAAGAGAAGAAGAUAUAAACAUUUUGCUGCAUCUACAAGAGAAUGAAAUCAAGCAUGAUGUUAUCUUUACCAAGGUCGAUAGUGUGAUAAGUAAAUAUUAUUCAAGGAUGAAUCAAUUGCAAAAAGGUUCUCUUGACCUUGAAGCUUUUGUGGAGAUAUCAAAAUCCUAUAAUGAUAGGAUUAUCAACCAUUUUGAGAAAAGCAUAGAAAGUCUACCAUACUCACAGAGGGUAUUCUUUAGUAAUUCAAUGACUAAUAAAUAUACUAAAACUCUAAGUGGUUACAAACAAAUAAGAGUAGCCAUUUUACAAAACUGUAACCAGUUUCAAAUUCCUGAGGAGUUUUAAUUAGCAUCUGCAUAUAGUGUAAUAUAACUUGUAAAUAACAAUAAAUAUAGAGGUCUACAAUAAAUUUAAUUGA